AGACCUUUAAAGGGGCCAGCUUCUCCUCUACCUCCAUUGCUUCUCACACUUUAUUCGGUUCCUAUUACAUGUCCUGUUCCACUUCCAUGGGAGAGUCUCUCGAGGAAUUCGACUACCUUAGGCAUUCCUUUCCUUUCAUGGAAUUGGAACAAGAUUUUGAGCUGACGAGCCAACUUUCUGAGUUCGAUGGCGCUGUAAUAGAGAAUCAGUGCAUAGGGUCGACGGAUUGCUCGAAUAAUUACUACUUGCCCCAUCAGGAGUUUGCAAUGCCAAUUAUCAAGAACUUCUCAAGCUUCUUGCCGCCCGUAGAAUGUCAACAGCCUAUUUUAAAGCAGCAGCCUGUCUUAGGUUCAAUUGGAGAGCACAUCCAUGAAGAAAGGAAAAGGAAGACAAUGGCGGCACCAUAUAGUAAUUCUGAGCUUGGUUCAGAGCUUUUCUCAGAGGCUGGAUUGACAGAAAUCAAGACUAAGAAGAUGAAUGGCUCAGGGAGUGGGAAGAGUCACAAAUGCAAUUCAAACGAAAAGAACAACCAAAAAGAGGUGGUUCAUGUAAGGGCAAGAAGAGGCCAAGCCUCUGACAACCAUAGCCUAGCUGAGAGGGAGAGAAGAAAGAAGAUAAAUGAAAGAAUGAGGUGUUUACAAGAUCAUGUUCCAGGAUGUAACAAGAUGAUGGGCACGGCAAGGAUUCUGGAUGAGAUAAUCAGUUAUGUGCAAUCACUGCAGAACCAAGUUGAGUUUCUCUCAAUGGAACUCUCGGCCGCUAGCUAUUUUCAUGACUACAGACUAGGCGCCGGAUCUCCUUCAAAGGUACAGGUAGGUAAAGCAGAUGGGGAACAAGAACAAAGACUGAAGGGGGUCGUGGAGGGGCAUGGGGAUUGCACUAGCUUCCACCCAUGAGUGUCCUUUUGACUCUUUUGGUCUCUUGGCUUUACCAUGUCCGUGACCACAUACAUCGCCCCUAAUCCAGCCCGGGAGAUGUCUGUCCCCCACAGCCCAUGCAUGGCACAGAACGGGGGCACAUGAGCUACAUACUUUUGUGUGCUCAAGUGUGGGCCUUUGAACAAACUCAAACCGAACUGUUCUUAUCUCUUUGUUUUGUAUCUUGUUCAGUUACCCUUUUCACUUGUUCAUCAUGUAUUCAGUAUCUCUCGCUACCAUUACCCUAAUAAUAUUUUAGACUGUUAAACUCUGUUGUAUAGUCGAUAAUCAAGAAGCUAGUUCAUCUCA